AUGGUGGACGAAACUUCUGCAUCUGCUAGUAUUGACCAACCCUUGCCAUCACAAUUAAUUGAUUCUAGUCAAAAUGAAAUGCCACCUCUUAUUGGACCAACUCCACCAACUCCUCCUCUUGUAGCUAUUGAUCCUGCCUCUAACCUUGCACAAGAUUGUGGUCCAGAGAAUGUGAGCAGAAAGAGAAAAGAGCCUGCAAAAAAGAGUAAACAAUCACAAGUUUGGGAGCAUUUUGUAAAGUUACCUUUGGAAGAAACAAAUGGAGAGGUUAGAGCUUCUUGCAAAUACUGUCAUGCAACUUAUGCUUGUGACCCAAACAAGCAUGGGACAACAUCAUUGAAAAGGCACUUUCCAAAAUGUCCUAAAAACCCACAUAAGGCUACCACAAUACCAAAGCAAUCAAUGUUGAACUACGUGACGCCAAGUGGACAAGGAGGGGGCUUAGUCUCUCAUGUUUUCAACCAAAAACGAUGUAGAAGGGCAUUGGCUGAAUUUAUUAUUUGUGAUGAGAUGCCAUUCAGGAUAGUUGAGAAGUAUGGGUUUAGAAAUUUUGUGAGAGAGCUAGAACCAAGAUUUCGAAUCCCUUCGCGAACAACAGUUGCUAGAGAUUGUUGGCAACUAUACCUUGGAGAAAUCAAGAUAUUGAAGCAAGUGUUGAAGAAGUCUGCAAAUCGUGUUUGCUUGACAACUGAUUGCUGGACAUCUACUCAAAAUUUCAAUUACUUAUGCCUUACUUGUCAUUUCAUUGAUCCUGAGUGGAAGUUGCACAAGAGGAUAUUAAAUUUCUGCAUGAUUGAGAAUCAUAGGGGUGACACAAUUGGAAAGACAAUUGAGAAGUGUCUAUUAGAAUGGGGAAUUGAGAGGGUGUUUACCAUAACAAUGGAUAAUGCAUCGUCUAAUGACACGGCUUUGUCUUAUUUGAAAAGAAGGCUUAGGAAUUGGAAGGGCAUGGUUUGUGGGGGUGAUUACCUUCAAUUGAGAUGUUGUGCACAUAUUCUUAACUUGGUGGUUAAUGAUGGGUUGAAGGAGUUGAAGAACAGCUUUGAUGCAAUUCGCAAUGCAAUUAAAUAUGUUCGUUCUUCUCCUGCUCGUCUCCAAAAGUUUAAAAGUGUUGCUGAGUUGGAGAAAUUGGACACUACUAGCCUUGUUUGCCUUGAUGUCAAUACUCGGUGGAAUUCAACUUACUUGAUGUUGGAAUCCGCUUUAAAGUUUCAAAAGGCUUUUGAACGCCUAGAAGAUGAAGAUGAAGAUUAUAUGGGGCAAUUCAUUGGAGGCACUAAGCGUGAAGGCCCUCCUAAAGCUAGUGAUUGGAACAAGGCACGUGUCUUUCUCAAAUUUUUGAAGGUAUUCUAUGACAUAACUUUGAUGUUUUCAAGUUCACUAAAUGUUACUUCUAACACUUGUUUCUAUCAAAUUGCUCUUAUUCAUGAGUUGUUGGAAGAGAACAUUGUGAAUGUUGAUCCUUUGCUUAUGGAAAUGUCCCUAAGUAUGAGAAGCAAGUAUGAAAAAUAUUGGGGUCAAACAGAAAAUAUGAAUCCUUUACUCAUUGUAGCAGUGAUUUUGGAUCCUCGGUACAAGCUUGCUUAUGUGAAUCAUAUAUUUGAGCACCUUUUUCUUGAUCUUGAAGUUUGCAUGGCCAUGAAAAUUAAGAUCAAAGAUGUCUUGUACCGUAUGUUUGAUGAGUAUUCUAAAGGACUAGGGACUAGUACCCCAAGCAAUGCUUCUUCUUCUACACUUCCAGGAUCAUCAACAUGUUCAAUGCUUGAAGGCCAAGGGGGUAUAGAUCCAGGUCGCAGGUGGUUAGCAUCUCAAAAAGAAAAAACCUCAUUAGACCCACAAUCAGAAUUAGAUAAAUAUCUUUCAUCUAAUUCUGCUGAUGAUACCCCUGUUGAUGAUGAUUUUGAUAUAUUAGCAUGGUGGAGAGCCAAUUCUAGCAAAUACAAGGUUCUUUCUAUGAUGGCACGUGAUGUCUUGGCUGUUCCAGUGUCUACAGUGGCCUCUGAAUCAGCCUUCAGCACAGGAGGACGUGUAGUGGACUCUUAUAGGAGUUCAUUAUCACCAAAGAUGACUGAAGCACUUAUAUGUGCUCAAAAUUGGCUGCUUCCUGGACAAUCCAUCUCUGAAUUUGCAUCCAUGCUUCAAGAAUUUGAUAAUUUUCAAGAAACCGAGGGUGUGGUGAAGACUGAUCUUUCCAGUGUUACUGAUGUUGGAGAGGAUGGUUGUAUGAUACAAUAUCAGAAGAUUCUUUCUGUACCAAUAGCAGGGUUUAAUGAUGGCUACCAGAAAUCCUGGGAACUGCAGUUUCUCUGA